GUAUCGAAUGGGUGAACCCCAUGUGUUCGUCAACAUCCACCCCAUCCCCUCCUUCUGCCGCCAUAAAAGCUUCAUGAAAGGAUACGAGGCCAUCCACGACGCUAUCCGUCGCAACGAUGUGUUCUUCCUUCGUAGGUAUCUCAAAGAACGGGCUCAGAAGAAAGAAGCAAUUGAGGAGAGUUUGCAGAAGCUCGAAGGCCAGUACUACUCUGCCGUAAACCUAUCAGGAGACCCACUCCUCAGUGUCCUCAUCUCCUACAGGAAGACCGAGCUGGCCAACAAGUUGCUUGAAGAUAUGGACGAGGAGAGCCUUCUGGAAGCCAAUCUGCAGGGGAACACUGCCCUCCAUGUUGCGGCGGCCGUCGGCAAUAAGAUGAUGGGAGUUGCUGACAGGCUGAUCCGUAAGAAUAAGGAGCUCCUGAAUACGAGGAAUAAGGACAACGAGACGCCGCUGCUGAAGGCUGCGUUGCAUGGGCAGCGAAACAUUUUUUGGAUGAUGUACGAACGUGGCGAUCGUGACGCCAUUAUAGAUGUUAAAAGGAAGGACGGAGCCAACGUUUUGCACUGCGCUAUCAUGGGCAAUGCUCCGAGACUGGCAUUGGAGAUAGCGGAGAGUUUUCCACAUCUAAGAAGAAGGCGGAACGCGGCUGCGGUGACUCCCCUCCAACUUAUGGUGACAAUUCCAGGAGCAUUCAAGAGUAAAUUGGAAAUCGGACCGUUGGAUUCCUUCAUCUACAACUGUAUACCAUUUAACGAAGGAGACGGGAGAGGGAGUGGUGCGGCUUCCGCUAUCGAAAAUGCUUAUGACCUUGGCCUGCCUGUAGCUGAGAAUCAACAAGACGAGGAGAACCCACAGCUUCAUAAGAAAACAAGCUCUCCUCCAAACUACGGCACAGUGUUUAACCUGUUCAAAUUGCCUCUAAUCGCAGCCGGAUGGGCGAAACUGCUCAUUUUGGUUAUCCUAAAGCUCAUGUUCCCCAGAAUAAAGUAUUUAGAGAAUCAAAAGAAACACCAUAUGGAAACCUUGGCACUCAUCGACUGUUUGGCAGGAGAUGUGGAGUACUGGAGCUUCAUCUCCUUGGGGAAGACAGGCCAAUUUGGUGAGAGCAGAAGUUUCAACAUCCGCGAACUCCCUGAAUUGGACGAACCAUUUGAAAUGGAAGAAGACAAAGAUAAGGAAAUCUCCGACGCUGCUCUUCAGCGCUGGAACGACUCGCCGCUAAUAACCGGCGCCAGGUUGGGACUCUACGAAUACGUCAACAAAAUCCUGGAAGUCUACCCGCAGUCCAUUAACAUCCUCGACGUCCAAGGAAGAAAUAUAAUUCAGGUUGCCAUCCCGCUCGGAAGCAAGAAAAUCUUCGACUUGGUGGCGUCGAAACUUGGAGGCAGAAAUCCCCUGCUUCCUUCGCGACUGCUGUACGCAAGAGACGACAUGAACAACACGAUUCUCCACUACGCCGCUGAAGUGACCGUCGAUGAGGACGUGGCUGGCCCUCUCCAAAUGCUGAAAGACCUGCAAUGGUUUGAAAAAGUUGAGAAAUUGAUGCCCAGAGACCUUCGGUAUAGUCGCAACGCAGAGGAGAAGACGGCGCAGGAGUGCUUCUCAGAGAAGCACAAAACGAUGGCGAGGAAAGGGAAGAAACAGCUCACCCAAUUGGGACAGACUUGUUCGGGCCUCGUUGCAGCAUUCGUCUUUGCUUCGAGCUUUUCAAUUUCCUGCUGGCUCCGGCGACGGAGUAGGUGGCGGCAAUAUAUACGGCAGGGCGGCAUUUGUUGUGUUCAAGAACGCAUUCGUGUUCGGAUUAUCCUGCGCCGCCACGGCCCUGGUUCUGUUCUUGUCGCUGAUUACCUCGUCGUACAAAGAGACCGAAUUUCGGCGAUCGCUCCCGACUAAGUUUUUUUUCGCGGUUUUAUCGUUCAUCCUGGCGCUGAUCUCCCUCCUGGUCGCCUUCUCGUGCAAUAUCUUUUUACAUAUU